CUUUAUACCGACCGUCUUAGCAACUGCUGCAUCUUGUCCUAUAAAUCAGCAGAGAAACUUAUUACACACCAUCUUAGCAAGUGUAGACAUCAUUCUCAUUCACAUACAUCACACAGAUAUCAUGGGUGGACGUGCAAGUGUCUCAAGAACAGCCAAAGAAGUCCCGUGUGAUGAGGUCAUGAAAGACAACUUGGUUUCUGAUAAUUCUGAAGCAGAAAGCAGGGCCUGCAUUCUUACUCCUACUCUCCCACAGGUACGAGUUACACAUUAUACAGGAUGCAGAAAUGGAAAUAAAGUAGUCAGACCUUCACAAUCACAUAAACCAGUCAGAGCUCCACAGACAAUGAAACCAGUCAGAGCUCCACAGACAAUGAAACCAGUCAAAGCUUCACAGUCACAUAAACCAGACUGUGCGUCAGCUGAGCCCUGGGAUCUUUCUGAAUCAAAAAAUACAGUUCAGAAGUACUGGACCGAUGAGAAUUCAGGUUGCAACUGCUUUAUGUUGUUUCCAAGGAAUCUUGCCAUAACUUGGGCUGAAAAAAAACAGUACUGGAACUGGCCUUCCAUGAAAUUUGGUGAGAUGGCAAUUGAAGUAGCUGAACUUGUGAAUGUGUGUUGGCUGGAGGUAAAUGGAAAGUUUGAUACAACAAAACUCAGCCCGGGGGUGAAAUAUGAGAUUUUAUUCGUAGUAAUGUUGAAAACUUCAGCUUGCGGAUGGGGAACACCAGUGAACCUUAGACUUAUACACUCAUGCGGAAAAACACAACACCGCAAAGAAAAUUUACAACUUAAGCCAAAGUCACAGUGGAUAGAACUUCAGGUUGGUGAAUUUCAAACACCCCCACAACCAAACAAGAAAAAGAAAUUCAAUUCUCUCUGUUUGAAUGCGAGAAUGGGAAUUGGAAAGGUGGUCUUGUCAUCAAAGGAGUCAUCAUUCGACCUAAGAAAUACUAAAAGGUUCGUAGACUAUACAUUUAACAAGUCGAUGACAUGUUCUACUAUUAGCAAUAAUAUAUUUGCGUAUAACGAAAUACUUUACGUGAAAACAGCGGGCAAUGGAAUUAUUAUGUAUGAUGUCAAAUGUUUUCGAGCUUAUUAUGUAUCAAGUGUAAUCUAGGAGGAGUUAUCUAAUCAAUAAGAUAAUGUAUAUGUACUUAUUACAAGAAACCUCAUAAAAUCUAUGUAUGGCAUUCAGAAUCACAGCAGAUUCAACUUGUUUUUAUUUUCGCUUCA